GCAGCCAUGACAACUCUUAGGAUGAGAGGCUUGCUUCGUUUAACAUUUAUAAGUGAUUGCUUGAGCCUUUUUAGCGCUUUUCGAUUUAUUUGCUUCACAGACUAUUAUUUUUUAUCGUCUGCUUUGUUUGGAAAUAAUAGAUAUCAUUUUGGUAACAGUGGUUAGGAAUUUCUGGUAGUAGGUUGAAAUUAAAAGGCGGUACGCUUACUGUACACUCUACCCGACCCUCGCAGUGUAUACAUGUAUAGUCAAUAAUACAGGUUAUCUGUUGCACAGGUAUAAAGAUACCAUAAUGUGUGGCCUGUAUUUACAGUAGGGUCGUUCAGAUGGGAAAAUGAUCACCAGAAACACGCAUUGAUUUUACUGAGAAACGUUACGUCUAGACUGGAAUCACGGUGUACAGCUAUUGAUCCUGGCUGAGCAAACUACGAAGCGGUCAGUGGAUCCGAGGGCAGUGUGUGAGACAGGUUACAAAACUUCGUCCAGAGGGGGAGGAUUGUUUCUAUUGUGUAAACAGUUGCCUUGGUGGCACGCAUGAAAAAUCAAAAACGCCGCGAUCUGGCGGGAUAUGGUUCAAACAGUGCUGCUGUAGAAUGGGAUGCGGGGGAAGCAAGAAAAAUGAAUUUCGGCGCAGCAGCCCAGCAGACCAGCAUCACAUCAAUAUUCAAAUCGGUGAUGAGGUGAAAAUACCGAAUGGAAGGCCUGUUCUUAUUUUUGUCUUUGGGGGGCCUGGAUCAAAGAAAGGUCGGCUUGUUGGUGAACUUGUGGAGACUUAUGGCUUUAAUUUCAUCAAUGUUGAGAAGAUUUUGCUCAGAAACCUAGCGGAAAAAGCCUCCAAAUAUAGUCCUUUGCCAGACGCUGCUCAAGAAGUGCAGAAUACUUUCAUGGACGACACUCAGAUGAUGUCACUGGGCUGGAUUCUUGAAGAGGUGUCUAAACUGUUGGAGGUGAAUGGAGGCAAGAGUUGCAAUUUUGUUGUGGACAUUAUGCCCAACCUCAGGUUCCUCAUCAAAGCAGACAUUUUCUUGGCAGACUGCAGUGAAGAGAUAAAGAAAUUUGAAAAUAAGCACCCUAUAGCUUUUGCAAUCAAUUUUGUCCAACGAUCUUCAAAGCCAAGCAAGAAAGAAACAGACCUUUCUAAAGAUAAAGAGGAAAAAGGGCCCAUGCGCUCAGAUGAAGCGGAUUCUUCACGAACAAGAAGACGACUGACACUGUUCGAGAACAAUGUCAAGCCACUCAUUGAUUUUUUCCACCAUUCAGGGCGCUUGGUUACAUUGGAUGUGACUGGCGCCCGUAUGGACUUGGUAUGGUCACGCCUGUGUGAACUGUUCACCAGCCUACACCUCAGCAGCCAGGUUUUGGUCAAUUAUACUGUUAUUUUCCUUUUUGAUCACAUUGGAGAGUUGCAGCAACUCAUCACAGAGAACUACAAUGUGCAGGUGAUAAGCCUCCAGUCUUUACUAGACAACCCAAAUUGUACUCUGGAGGAGGCCAUGGCUGCACUGAGUAAGAGACUGGAGCAGUCUGAUCCAACAACCAAAACCUUUGUUGCAAGCUUGUCAGGAACAAAUAUUGCAGAGGACUCUGUAUGUCAGUCUCAGGAACACAGCAUUAUGUUUGUAGACGAGGAGGUUACCCAGCUGGACAAGUUUCUUGAUGUCUGCAAGGCUAAAGGUGGGACGUGUCCAUUCAAGUUUAAAGCUGUCUGUACCACAGGGAACACAAUGUGCCUGUUCCCCAGCCAGGUUUCUCUGACCUUAUGCAAAGAAAUGGCUAUGGUACUGAGCCGGUACUCGCAACAUUAACCUUGUGGGUACUUGCUGAAGCCCUCACCAGCAGUUUAUGAUCUCAAGUUAAAUACCUAUGCUAUCACUUUUGUAACCUCAGAACAGAAUCUACACACAUUGUCAGUUUUGAAGUUCACACUUUUGUUUGCUGUUUUUGUCUAAUUUUUCUAAUGUGAUGGCAGUGAAGAGGAAGGGUAGGUGUAUUGGUGUGCAUGUUUUGUGCAAGAGCACAAAUGGAAAUGUGUGUUCAUGUGUAUAAGUUUGGGGAUUGACAAUUGCCCCAAAUAGAUGUGUCAGUUAUAACAUUUAAAAAUAGGUUUGAAGUGGACUUCUGAUUGCAGACAGUCUAUAGAUGAGAUGUAUGGCAUAUACUAUCAGAAGCUGCACAAACAAUGACCUUUCAGAUUUGAUAGCAUAUGCAGGUGUGUGAAUUGGCUGUUAACAUAGGUGGUGCUGUAGCUAACUGCACACAGCUAGAACAGCAUGACCCAACUCUUUACUUUCAGCUGCAGAAUCCAUUGGAUACUUCCUCCACAAGCCAUUUGGAGAUAAAUGAUAGUCCAAGUUCUCCUUCAUGCUUUUGUCUCUUUUUCUUCUGUAGCAUUUUGUGAUUAACAGUAUUUGGUAUUAAUUCAUUGGCUACCAAAUGUAAAAAAAAGACUCAAAUGACUUCUGCACGUUAACUCAGUCAUGGCAUCAUAUAAAUUUCAAAGUAUGUAACAGAAUGUUUAUUCUGCUUUUGAAUAUAGCAGAUUCUUGGUUAGAAGAUUUUUAAAAUAACUGGGUAAACAGCAUGCUCUGGCCCUACCAAAAUUGACAUUCAGUAUGUCCAGACUAAGUUAAAGAAAUCUAGAAAUACUGUAUUACUUGUUUUCCUUUGUUAAUUAGUUUCUUCUUUUGAAAUCUUUAUUAGUUUCUUUGAAUCCCAAAUACCUAGCUUCAUUCACAUCUAAAAUGAGAGCUUAAAACUGAGUGUGUGAGUAGGAUAAUAAACAAAUUUCAUUUAUUUCAGGAAGGGGGUUAUUUUUAUCUCUUCAUACCUUGUAGAGCAGACUUAAACUGGCAGGUGAUAUAGCUGUGCAGCCACAGAAACUAAAGAUAACCAAGAGACUGUUGCAAGUGUCAUUGGAAUGUAUGUUUAGGAUGAACUUUGCAGUGUGUGAGUUAUUCUUCUUUUGUUGGGGUUGAAUGGCACAGUCCCUGACAUCUCCUUGGCCAGAGGGCACAGAUGGCUAAUAAUUUCAAGAUACUCUUUGUUUUUGUAAAGUCUUUUAUUUGUUCACAACCUCUAGUCAUGUGAAUAGCCAGACAUCUUUUUCUAAAAACGUUUUCUUUGCCCAUUAAAAACUGUUUCUUGAAUAAUCUUAGUUUAUUAAAUGAUCUCAUAUUUACACUGUUCAUUAUUUUAAUUAUUAUUAUCUUUAUUUUACAUAUCAUGUUAUUUUGGUGUAGUCAGGUCAUGUUCCAGCAGUUUGGCAUCAGAGAAUCACAAUUGUAUAAUGCAUGCUUUUGAUCGUUGAAAUGUCAUAGUGGUAGACAUUGUUGGGAGGUUGUGUGUGUGCAUGUUUCUCAGUGUACAUGUAUGUGCAUGCUUUACUGUGUGAGUGUUUUUGUUUUGUUUUGCUUUUUUUUUUUGUAAGGUGAAAUGUGCCCUCAUGGAGAUUACAUAUAGGGAUUCAAUUAAAAAGGGUUGGUGUCCCUCAAACUUUUCAGGUCAUUGGGAAUUGAGGUGUUGGAGACCUUACUUUCUCAGUAGUGCCUAUCUUUCUCCCUCACUGCCCCUUAUGUUCCCCAACCCUCUAUGGGAGUCAGGUAGUCAUUCCCAACAGCUGGGUUGACUGAGGGAGGCUUUCUGUGCCACAUGGAUAUCAAACUGUUGUGCAUCUGUCAGUUCUCUAACCACUUGGCUAUCCACUUCUCCAGUCUCGUAUAUCUCAUAUAUCAAAGUCUGGGGAAGCAGAUAGACAAGUGAUUAGAGCACUGGUGUCCAAACUCGGAAACUUGCCAGUUCAAUACCUGUGUGACGCAGCAAAUUUUCCUCAGUUGACCAAGCUGUUGAGAAUGGAUAGCUGGCUUAAUAGAGGGUUGUGGAAAUUAAGGCAGCAAGAGAGAGGGAUGAAAAGGAUGGGCACCACCUUCACAAAAAAUCUGCCAGCCCCACCCCUAAUAACAAAAAGGGGUCUCUAAUGCCACCCUCCCUAAUAGCCAGAAGUUACAGGACAACCUUUACCUAUCAAAUCCUGAUGACGUCAUAGGCACGACAGCAAGGAUUCAAAAGCCAGAUGUUAUCUCCUUUGUACAUAUAGACCAUUCCAAAUCUUUUUAUCUUAACACUGAAUCAUGAGCUAAUUUCAAAAAAGCUUCCAAGUUUGUAUUUAUGGCAGCAAGAGUGUGCCCUUUUUACCAUUAUUAGAGAAUAUACUCAGUUCUUGGCACUAGAUAUUUCCAGGAAAAGACAUGAAAAGUGUGCCAGUAUUGAUUAAUAAACUAGUGAUUUCUGUUUAGCAUCUAGAUACUUGCAUCUAAAAGGCAAGAAAAAUGAAUAGUGGACCCUUUGCUCUUUUUUUGUUUGUUUGUCUUCACUCAUAUAACAUUUGUUAUGUAUUAAUUUCUUUAGUCAGCAACACUGCCAACUCCAGUUUAUAUGCUCACUACCCACAUCCAUUUUUAAUGGCGCCUAUGUUUCUUUUCUGAAGCAUUGUGAUGUUGUAUUUUCAUUGUAUUUAGAUAAAAAGAUGUUUUUAUUUCAACAUCACUUUAAGGUGCAUCUUCUUGCUUCUCACUUUUUCUUCUUUACACCAGAUAUUGCCUGUGUGUGUUGUUUUUGUUUUUUUUUCUUGAAGAGUGAUAAUUCUUAUUCUUUAGUAUAUCUUGUGACGAGACAACAUGUUGACUAAAUUUAUUUUCUGGACUCCAGUAGUCUGAGCAAAGUCAACUCAUCCUAGCAUUCAAUAAAACAGUUUUGUUCUGAAUGUAUAAGCUAAUUCCAGUAAUCUGUCAACAUAUUUUCACAUGAUUUUAUCAAUUUGUUUUUCUGGAUGCCAUUAAUUUGAACAAAGACAACAUAUCCUGAAAUUUUUUGAAAGUUUUUUUUUUCUGAGCUAGAUUCCAGUAAUCUGAACAUCAGUAUGUCCUGACAUUCUGAAUGAGUUUUGAAAGGUAGGGGGACCAUAGUUCUUCUAAGGGAAUUGUUGAAUUGUUGUCCAGUGAUGCUCCUCAACAGGAGUUACAUAUUUACUGUAUUUGUUACAGUUUGUUGUGAAUAAAUAUUAUUGCAGCUGUGACUUCUCCACAGUGGUACUAUCAUACUCUGUAGACACCAUUUGAGCCAUAAUUUUGAAUGUUUUUAUGACUGUAGGUGAAAUGACAGGGUUUGGUAUAUGACCUAACAGGACAGAUGUUGGUGUCACUGAGCAUGAUGACAGCUGUGUGCUCCUGAAAGUAGUUACUAGGGGAAUCAGAAUGGGAUAGUGUUAAGGGAAGGGAAAAGUAGCCAGUGAAGAAAAUUGUGAGUUGCCAGCUACAUGAAGGGGACCAAAUAAAGUAUUUUGUUUACUACAACUGUUGAUGUAUUUAUAUAAAAAAAUUUCCUGUACACAUUGCGGUAAUUUUUUAUGUAUGUCAGGUGUAUCCAGGCUUUUAAAUACCUUUCUUUCCUGUUAUUCACAUUGUUUCCUCAGGCUCGAACAGCACAUCAGUGAAUUUUUUUCACAUUUUAUUUUUCUGCUGUUCAUGGUUAGACUUUCCAAGUGGGACGUACCAGUAAUUUCUUAACUGAGAUGUUUUCAAAGGCUUUUUUUUAAUUGUAAUUGCAACUCAUCUCACUUGUUAUCUUAGAAGGUACCAGAUCUGUGAAUCAAAAUGAAGCCUUCUUUUGUAGCAUCUUGAGCAACCUGGCAUCAGCACUUACUUGUAACUGCAGUAUUGUACUUUACAUUCAAAUACUGAGCACUUUGUGAUGUUUUUAUAGAUGCAUCUUUUAAUGUUUGCAAAUAUAAUUCUGAGAAACUUUUAACACCUACUUGAAAACUAUAGCACUUGCUCAACAUUUCAGUUCGAGUGUCUGUGAUAUCUUUGAAUCAUCAAAUUCUGCUGCAAAAUUCUGAGGAUGCUUUUAUGUUUCCUUCCUUGAUUGUGCUUUUCAACUAAUCUGUGAACUUUGGACUGUUGAAUGUUGGUUUUUUUUUUUCCAACAAAAGCAAAAAGAUGUGAAGAGUUCCUAAAUAGUAGAGGUAUAGCCGUAUCACACAUUUCUUAGUUCAUGAGCAGGAAAGGACUAUAUAUAGUGCAAAGUUUUCAUUUAAAAAAAUCGUGAAGCAUAAAAUGUCUUUUUCUGGAAUGUUCUUUAAACUUUGCAGCAUGUAGCAGCACAUUGAUGACAUAUUCACAUGUUGUAGAAUGUAAAGUGCAAGAUCUUGCACUCAUUUUCAUAAAUUCAUGUUUCAGUGCACUUCUUCCUUAAAAUGAUUAUCAGUGUACUAGUUAGAUGAUCAUAAACUUGUUUUCAGUGGUAGGAAUAACCGUAAAGAUGUAGAGUAUGAGUCUGUAGAAGUGUUUGUAAUACCUUGUACACAGAAUUGGAGGCAAGCAUACAAUACUGAAGAUGAAAUUUGCAUAUAGCAAAGGAAAUGGUUAUUUAACCAUUUAUUUUUCUUUGUGUAUGCAGUCUGUGCGUUAGACAUUCUUCUGUCAGCAGCAAGCCCCUGUAGAUUAUUAAACUUUAACGGAAUUGAUUUAUUACGAAAUAGUAAUUUAUAAAACCUAUGCGAACAAUACCAUCCUGUUCACCAGACACAAUAUUUUUAAUUUAUCUGCAUCUGGCGAGGUCAAGACCCGCAAGUUCCCAUCCUGUGUAAGACAGCCAACAUGGCACUGUCUAACAUGUAAUAUUUCACCUGGCCGGGUUGCUUUCAAACAGACUAAAAAAGAAUAACCAACCAUUAUUGUGAUAAUGGGCAGUAGACUUUAGAAACUUAUAAGCAACAAUGAUGUUAAAGGACUACUGGGUUUCAUACUUAUUUUUCAAUAACUGGGUAAAGUCCAGCACAAGGUGCUAUUUCCUCAAAUCUGGGUGAAUGCUUUUUUUGUUAUUAAGAUACAACAGAUGGCACCCAGAUUUGGAGAAAUAUAUUGCAUUAAGCUUUUUCCCAAUUGUGAGAAAAUUUGCACCCUACUAGUGCUUUAAGUCUGGUUAGCUUUUACAUUUAAUGGAUUAUGCCUUAAAUAACUGACAUGAUUAUGCUAAUCGAAAGACAAAUGGAAACUACAGGGUGCAGGCAGAAUAGUAUGGGAAGUGAAGUCAACUGUCCCCAGCUUUUAAAUGAUUUUAACUAAAUGUAAUUGUCAUUAGGACAUUACAGCUGAGGUUUUUGUCAGAAUGAAUAAUUAGUAUAGUUGAUGUUUAAGGAUUUAUUGGACUUGAAUAAUAAAUUUGAGAAAGCUAAA